AAUUUAGCUCCGUCAGCUCCUCAUCCCUUCAGUUCAACACAUCGAACGGGUAGCUUAGCUUUUAUAAACAUGAACGCGUUGAAUCCAAAGGACCCAGUGAACGACCAGGUUGAAACCAAGUAAAGCCUUUUUAUAUGAAAUCGUAGUCGUAAUAUAGACGGAUAUGUGUUUGGUUCGACUGGAUGUUUGAUGACUUGAGGAGAUCUGACGGUUAACGCCGGGUUUUUUCUUUUAUUUACUGUGGUAAGUUAAAAACAACUAACACCCAUGCUUGAUGCUGCAGGGACGUAGAAAAUUUUGAGUGCGCACAAAGAUGAAGGCCAAAAAGAAGAAGAGGCAGGACGAUUUCCAGAAAGUCAAGCUUAAAGUGGGAAAGAAGAAGCCCAGGGCUGACAAUGCAACCAACACCAACUUUCGCACAAAGGGAAUCUGUCUGCCUGAGCAGUUAAAGAGAGACACCAGCGGCCCCACCACCCACAGACAGCUGGGCAUCAAUGAGCUGCUGUCUCAGCUGCACCAUUACAACGCCAGCGUGAAACACACUGCCUUGUUGGGGCUGAAGGAGCUGCUGUCUCUGAGUGCCUCUCUGCUGGAGCAGCAUCUGUCCCGCCUGCUCUCUGAAGUGGCAGCAGUUCUGACGGACAAGGACGGAAACGUCCGUGUGGCAGCCACCCGGGUCCUCAGGUUUGUUGCGCAGUCUGUGCCGGCGGAGCGAGUGGCUCCGUUCUUCCCCCUCCUCAGCGCUCACCUGUCCUGCGCCAUGACCCACAUUGAGGCGGGCAUCCAGGAGGACGCCAUGAACGUCCUGGACAUCUUCCUGGAGCACUACCCGUCUCUGCUGGCCUCUCGGCCCGCGGUGCUCCUCACCAACUUCCUGGAGCUGAUCUCGCACAGGCAGGGCUCCGGAGGGGCCGGCAAGGCCCAGGACGGCCGGGGUCGAACCUGGACGCUGUCGGUCCACCCGGACAGGAAGGUGACCAGCCAGCAGUGGCGGCUCUCUGUUCUCCUCAGACUUGGAAACUUUCUGCAAGCGGUCGUCGAGGAGAGGCCGACGGAGGAGGGCGACCUGUCCGUGCGAACCGGGGGAGUGUUUGGGUCAAGCGGAAAGGGCCGUCUCACCCCUCUGAACCUGAGCUGGGAGGAGCUAGUCUACAAAAAGGUCAACGUCAAGGUGUACGAAAACUCUGGCGCCCGACCGACUCCCCACUCCACCUUUAAGCUCAGACCCGAGGUGGACCACGGCGGCGCGGGGAGCGAGGGUCUGGACUCGGCCGAGACCGUGCAGAGGUUCGCGGGCACGCUGGUGCCUCUGCUGCUGGAGGUCUGGGUGGAGGCCUGCGCCGGAGACAGCACCUGGAACGCCAGCGAGGGCGCCCACCUGCUCACGCCCGACGCCAUGUCGGUGAUGUUCCAGGUGCUGUCCAUCCUGCAGCUGCUGAGAAAGCUGCCCACCCAGCGCGAGAACCAGGACGCACUGGAUGCGUGGUUCCGUAAGCAAUACCUGGGAGAUUUCAAGCAGCACUUUGUGAAAAACUUUCCGUACGGUCUGCGGGACACGCCGAAACAUAAGAAGAAGAUUGAUCUCAAAAGGAGCAAGCAGACCGCCGCGGUCCCUGCUCCCUCUGUGGAGCCCCAGGCCCUGAACAUCACGCUUUGCCACGUCAUGGUGUCCCUCAGCCAGAAGCAGGGUCCGGGUCACGAGGCCGACGGAGACUGGCUGUCACCACUGAGGGCUUUUGUGCGGGACACCCUGGGGAACGGCGUGAAGCUGAGCUACAGGCAGCUCCACAUGCUGCUGGGCACCGUGUGGAAGAUGGUGCUCACGCAGAGGAGCAGAGCGGUGACGGAGGAGCUGCUGGCAGCUGUUUAUAUCUACUACAAGCAGAAGAACCUGCCGCUACAGACCAGGUCGCUGCUGCUCUCCUUCUACAGCAAGCUCUACCUGCAGGAGCACGGCCACGCUCACAUUGCCAGGAGCAAGGUGCUGUGUCGAUGGCUGGCCUCUCUGCCGGUGCAGCUGUCCCAGCUGGGCCACCGUAACCCAGCGCUGUCCGCUCAGCUGAUCGUUUCCAUCCAGGCCGCAGCUUCUCGUGGAAAUAAAGAGCUUCUCAACAGUCUGCAGACGUACGCCUGCAGGCUCUACGAUCCUCAGGAUGGAGUUGUGGUGCUGCUGCCAGCAGAGUCCCAGCAGCGCAUGGUGCAGCUGCUCUACUUCCUCCCCAAGACGCCCCAGCCUCUCCUGGCCAACCUGAGCGGCUGCUGCACCGCCGGACGCGUCUCCGCGAGCCUCGCCGCCUCACUCAUCCGUAUCCUACACUUCAGGUCGUCUCUCAGCGGCUGGUCGGUGGGGAGCCAGGAAGCGGCUCUGCAGGACGUCGACUACAUCAGCUUCCUGUUCUCGACCCUGGCGGGCUUCUCGUCCGAGCACCUCUCCGUCCUGCAGGAGGACGAGACCGCCCUGCUCCUCCCCUCGCUCUCACCGCUCUGCCUCUACCAAACGCCGCUGGAGCAGUUCACGCACCACUGGGAUGUUGCAGAGGAGGUGUGCCACUGUUUGGAAAGCAUCGGAUCCAAGGCUCAGUGCUUUGACAUUCUGCAAAAUGGCAUUUUCAAAUACCUGAUGAAGUUGGAGGUGGUUCCUGACAGCAUGGCAGCCGCGCUGCUGAGAGCCGUUUCCAGAUUAUUAGACCUGGCCACGCUGCCCGUUGAGCAGGUGCUGCGUUUCCUGGCUCAGUGCUGCCUCAGCCUGCUGGUGCUCCUCGUCGUCCUGCAGGAGCACGCCCCCACUGAGACCAACCACAAAAGGGAGGCGAUGUGGACUUGCUGCGUGACGGCGCUCAGCAGCGUUCCCCGCCUGCUGCGCAUCGUCCUGCAGUCGAUGCACGUGGGGGACCUGAGCGCGGAGGAGCUGCCUCAGCUGGGCCAGAUCCUCUCCAUGCUGCUGCAGCACGCGCCGCUGCACAACCAGCUGAUGGCCAACGCCGCGCUGCUGCAGGAGCUCAUCCAGACCCUGACGAGGUACUGCCGGGGAGCGCCCAGAGAGCAGUGGCUGACCGACCUGCUGUACUGCUACAGCGUCACCAUGGCCCACGGCUCCUCCGCACACCGUGGAAGUAUGAGCCUCAGAGACGUGUACUAGCGCCGUUCAUUUAGGACGGGGGGAAAGCAGCACAAGGCUUUUUUUUUUCUUUUUUUUAAUGUUCACAUAAAGAAACUUCAUUUUUUUGUUCUUUGUCUUUUCUUAUGUUUGCCGAAGGUUUAAUGAAAUGCAAGAAAACGUAAAAA